AUGGGGAAUCCGAGGGGUUUGGGGCACCUUCUGAUUUUUUUAUGUGCGUUCUUGUUUGCAGGAGGUACAUAUACUUGUUUGGGUGAUGGAAAUACGAGUGUCAUUUGCUCUGAACAAGAGCGACUUGCUCUUCUCAAGUUUAAAGACAGUGUCAGAGAUCCUUCUGGAAUGUUGUCAUCAUGGGUGGGCAAUGACUGUUGCAUGUGGAAAGGAAUUUACUGUGAGGAAACCGUCCAAAGCCUUCAUCUUGAAGGCUGCUUCUUAAGUGGUAAUGCAGUGAACUCUUCUUUGGUAGAGUUGAGGAAUCUGAAACACUUGGACUUGAGUGGGAAUGUUUUUGAAGGAAGUCAGAUCCCAAAGUUCAUUGGAUCCUUGAAGCAACUGACCUACCUUAAUCUCUCUGGUUUUGAAGGUAUUAUUCCUCCUCACAUUGGCAAUCUUUCUAAUUUAAAGGUUCUUGAUAUCAGUCGGAAUGAAGGAAGGCUGAUGGCAGAUGACAUGGCAUGGGCUUCUGGCCUAUCGUCACUUGAGCAUCUCGACUUGAGUUCAGUAGAUCUUCACGGAGCACAAAACAUGGACACGCUGUUUUACAUGCUUCCUUCAUUAAAAGAGUUAAGUUUGUCUGAUUGUGGACUCUCAGAUGCUGACCUUGGUCUUUUUGUUAAUUCGAGUAGAAUACUUCCCAACAUCAGACACUUGGAUCUUGGUCACAAUCAUUUCCAAGGUCCACUCCCUGGCUUUCUUCAAAACAUGUCAUCCCUAACAUUCCUUGAUCUUUCAUACUUCGAUCUUAGUUUGGCAUGGAAUUUUGCAAACUUGCUAAGCAUGAUCCCUUCUUUAUCUGAGCUUCAUUUGUCAGGUUGCAGGCUUGAUAAGACUCAACUUUCUUCCCCUCAUCUUAAUCUCAGUACACUUUCUAACAUUCGACACCUGGUUCUUAGUGAAAACUCAAUUGAAGGUGUAUUCCCAUCUGUUUUCACAAACAUGACUUCCCUAAGAGUCCUUGACCUCUCAAGAAACAUGUUGAAUUCAUCGGUUCCUGUUAUUCCUAACCUUCUAGAUCUUGAUCUUUCCGGUAACCGGUUUAAGCAGAUUGGGGAUGUUGGAAUAUGGAAACAGUGUCACGUGAAUCGAUUGCAUGCAUCAGAUAAUUAUUUUGAAAUAGAAAUGAACGACUCUCGAAAAAAUGAUUCAGAAUGCUCCCAAUAUGCCUUGGAAUGGUUGGAUUUGCGUAGGUGUUCGAUUGGUACUAUUCCAGAACCACUUGGAAGACUAACCAAUUUAAGAUGGAUAGAUCUAUCUCUCAGCAAAUUGACAGGCCCAAUUCCCGAAUCUCUUGGAAAAUUAAGAUCUUUAGAAGUAUUAGAUCUAUCUCUUAACCAGUUAACUGGUCCCCUUCCUGUGCUCCUUGGGAAUCUUUCCGAACUUGACCUUUCUUUUAAUCAAUUGAAUGGUUCAAUUCCAGAAUCCUUUGGAAAUCUGGCAGCUUUAACUUAUAUGGAUCUAAGUUCCAAUCAGUUAACGGGCCCCAUCCCAGCAUCUCUAGGAAAACUUGUCUCGUUACAUUCAGUUUCAGUGUCUUCAAAUUUGUUAAAUGGGACGAUUCCAAUUUCAAUUGGGCAACUUGGUAAACUUCAUUCUCUAGAUUUCUCUAAUAAUUCUUUAGAAGGAAUAGUUUCUGAAGAUCAUUUUGCUAACCUUUCAAUGUUGAAGUACUUGGAUACUUCUUCUAACACCAAGCUGACAUUCAAUGUUUCACACAAUUGGAUACCUCCAUUUCAACUGCUGUUUCUUCGACUUAGUUCUUGCAACAUCGCGAAUGGAUUUCCACAUUGGCUUCGAAGUCAAAGGAACCUUUAUGAGUUGGCAUUGUCCAAUGCUUCUAUUUUUGGGCCGCUACCCAGAUGGUUGCGGACGAUGCCCGUUAUUCCUUCCUUAGAUCUCUCUCACAACAAACUCAACGGACCUUUGACAAACCUUCCUUAUGGGUAUGUUCCAUCAUUAUCUCUGGAAUGUAACAUUUUCAAUGAUUCAAUUCUAAGGAAAAGUUUGGAUUUUCUUGAUGUUUCUAGAAAUAGGUUAACCGGUAAAAUUCCCAAGUGUCUUGAGAGUUUGCAAAGGUUGUAUAAUAUACUUGGCUCAAAUAAUCAGGUGGCUGGUGUCAUUCCAAGUUUUAAAGCUCUUAAUUUAUUUCGCCGGUUAAAAUUGAAUGAUAAUAACUUUGUUGGUGAACUUCCUCGAGAAUUGGGGAAUUUACGAGGCUUGAGGAUAUUAGAUUUGGGUGGUAAUAAAUUGUCUGGCAACAUACCAGAAUUGGUCAUAGAAGAUCUUAAAAGUUUGGUAGUUUUGAGGUUACACAAAAAUAACUUCACUGGAAGAAUUCCCUGGUCAUUGUGCAAAGCUUCAAAUCUACAAAUUUUGGAUGUCGCAAAUAACAACUUAGAGGGACACAUCCCUCGUUGUCUAGGAGAGUUGAAUGCCAUGGUUAAUAAUAGUGGAUUUCAGCAGAUUGCUGGCUCUGUCAACGAUUAUGAGAAUGUGGAUCAGGUCAUGAAGGGUGUUGAUCUUGAAUACACAAGAACUUGGGAUAUGGUGUAUAACAUGGACCUUUCAAGCAAUCAACUUGUUGGAGAAAUACCGAUCGAGCUAACUGCACUUUUCAUGUUGGUGGGUCUCAAUUUAUCGCAUAAUCAUCUCAGUGGGUUCAUUCCAGACAACAUCGGAAACAUGUCUGCAUUAAAUUCUCUCGAUUUAUCUGGAAAUGAGUUGAUUGGGGUGAUCCCUCCAAGCAUGGCAGCUUUGACCUUUUUGAGCUAUUUGAAUUUGUCACACAACCACUUGUCCGGACUAAUUCCAAUGGGAAAUCAAUUGCAGACCCUCACUGAUCCAUCAGUAUAUGAAGGGAACAAAGAUCUAUGUGGACCUCCAUUGCCUAAGACUUGCCCAAUUCACAAAGAUUUAACAACAACCAAGACGAAGUUCGAAGCAGGUGAUGAGAAGACCAAUGUAUGGUUGUUUUAUGUGGACAUAAUUUGUGGAUUUACAAUAGGGUUUUGGGGUGUAAUUGGAGUUUUUCUGUUCAAGAAGCAGUGGAGACAAAAGCUUUUCAUGUUUGCUGAGGAAACCAUGGAAAAAAUAUAUGUUGUAGUCGUGGUAAGAGUUAACAAGAUCAGGAGAGGAAGAGAAGCCACGUAG